GCUGCAACCCGAGAAAAAAAAAAAAAAAGGGGAACCCAGCCAUGCUUGAGAAACUAGUGAGAAAACUUGGAUUUCUCCUUCUUUUCUUGCUCUAGAACACUCCUAGAACCCAGAAAUCUUCCCUCCCCUGCUGGAAAAGCCGGAUCUGCUCUGCUCUUCUGCCCUUGUCCGCCGGCUGCUCUUGUUGUGGGUGCAAAUUCUGGGCAUUUUUCGGUAAGAACAGUCAUUAAAUUCCUUUGUUCUUGCUUGAAUUGGCUUGGGUUUAUGUUAAUUGCUCUUGGUUCCUUCAAUUUUUGGGUAGAACCCGUGAGCUUUCCCUGCAGCUUACCGCCGGCCUCUUCCCCAACCUGCAGUCUGGUUCCUUGCUUGUAAAUUCUGGUAUGUGACAGCCUUUUUAGGCUGAAAUUGUCCAUUUUGUUUGCUGCCUUGUGUGUCCGAAUUUGACUGGGGAGGAAUUCCGGUAGCUUUAGGACCAUGAUUAAGCACUAAUUUAAGUGGGAUUUAUGUGAUUGAGUGUUAAUUGCUUGUUGUGAUUUUUGGAGAGAAAAUCCCGUGAGAUUAGCUAGUGUUUUGGCCAAUUUGUGAAAGUGGAGUUACUGUUCACGUUGGGGUACUGUUCACCGGUUACUGUUCACACCCCGAGGGCCAACAUUUAACGGGAAUUUAAAUGAUUAGUUUGUGAUAUGAGAAUGAAUUUGGAGAUGUCCGAUCAUGUGGAAAGUGAUAGAAAUAGCAUUGUGAUUAGGAAUGAUCCUAAUGAAGUGUUCAGUGUGAAUUUGUGAUAGUCUGGUAUUAAUUCUGAGGUGUUUUGAUUAGGUUCCCGAUCGUUCUGUCAGUUAGCAUCGAGAUUGAGUGCUCGGUUUUAUGCGAGUGAGGAAGUGAAACCGAGGACGGGGAAACCACGGGAAGUGACGAGUUAGAAAGCUAGCCAUUUCUGGAUUGAUAUAGAUUUUAGAAAUAAAUCAUGAUUUUGUAAACUGGAUUUUAAUUGGAGAUUUUAUAAAUUCAUUGAAUGGAU